AUGGCCUCGGCGACGGGAAUACCCCAACAUCCCCCGGUUGAUUCGGACAACGGACAACAAGGCGAUCUAGAACCUCUGCUGGGCCACCCGGGGGAUGUUUCUCAAAGGGACAAUGCUCCCAUAGUCAAAAACCUCGUCAUUGGCACCGGCGUAAUCGCCGAGGCCGGCGGCAUCCUCCUCGUAGCCUCCGUCUGGGCCGCCGUCUUCCUCAACGGGCCACUGAUCCUAUUCUCGGUGCACCCGCUCGCGCAAUCGCUCGGCCUGCUCGUGCUCAUCCAGUCGAUCCUCGUCCUGCAGCCCACGCACACCGGCGCCCAGAAGCAAGUCGGCCAGAAGAUCCACGCCGGGCUAAACUUCCUCGGCAUUGUCACCUUCGGCGUCGGCGUCGUCAGUAUCGAGGUCAACAAGUUUGCAAAUAACGGCGCGCACUUCCACUCCGUCCACGGAUACUUGGGCGUCAUUGCUUCGUUCUGGCUGCUGGCCCAGUAUCUAAUCGGGUUCACCAUGUUCGCUGUCCCGAAGCUGUACGGCGGCGAGGCCCAGGCCAAGAGCAUCUGGAAGUACCACCGCUCGAGCGGCUAUGUCCUGCUCUUGUUUCUCGCGGCUACCGUGAUUAGUGCGACGCAGACUGAUUACAACCUAAACGUCCUAGGGCUGAAGCUGUGGGCCACGAUCGUCAUCUCGUUGUUAAUAGUUGUUGGUGUCUUCCCACGGGUUAAGAAGCAGAAGCUCGGCUUUUAA